AUAUAUAACUUAAAACUUCAAUGUGUACUGUUUUAUCGCAUAAUAUACCUCUCAGUCGCUUUUGAUAUUCCACAUACAUCAGUCAACAAUGUCUUCCACCCAAGUUUAUGAACCAGAAGAAUCAAGAUUCGCUCCAGACCUCAACCUUUUUGGCGAUGAAACUGACGGAGAAGACGAUGUGUACCGAGCUGAUCAAUUUGUAGGAGAGGUACACCCACCUCAGGUUCCAAGAAGGAAAACGUCCAAAGCGAAUUUGCUCUCUCUGGGGAACUUUUGGAGUGGAAAUGAUAAAGAUCCUUUGGAACCCAAAGAACCAAAGAAUCACCUCUGGGAUUUUCUGGUUUAUAGCAACCUUAGAGAAUCAUACUCUGGAAAUUACGCCACUGGAGUUAGGUUUCUUGAAUCAGAACUAAAGGUGGCUAUAAAUAAAACACGUGCAGCUCUACUAAGUGAGAUUUUAGAUUCCGAUGAAAAUGCCAUGUCUACCUCGUCCGUGGAACUCGCGUUUGACAAAUACAUUGUCCAAGUUCUUAAACGUCUAAGGAUUCUUAUCUAUAGAGACAAGACGAUAUUCAAGUCUCUACAUGACUCUACACCUCGUCAUAGCUCAGCGGUUUCGGUCGUUGAAAAAUUUAUAGAGUCACAUCCAGAGGUUAUAAAACUACGCAACAAGAUUUACACUUUUCGUGAAUCAAAAAACAAACUUAUAAAAGGGGCUUUGGAGCCCUUGUUACGAUCUGUAGAUCAACUACGAACAAAAAUGCUUGCAGAAAUGUAUGAUCCCAGCUCCCCAAUUUUGAAACGAUUCAACAUAACAAGAUUUCUAAAACACAUGGAUAAGAUAAGCUCAAGGGCCGAUUUCUUUGGAGAAUACAGAUUCCAUCUGCUAAAGACAUACUUUAAUAACAAAGAUGAGCUGGAUGAGUACAUUAACACCCAAGUUACAUUUGGUAUAUCGGACGACAUGGUUAACGAUUUCUCAAAAUUCGUCAAUACUUUCACUCCAGAUCUUGAAGAACCGUUCCACGAAACCAGAGAUGUUGUUCAGGAGAGCUAUGAACACGCUAGCGUAGACGAAAACCUGGACGAAAUGUACAACUUUAUGAAUGGAACUGCCCCUGAUCACUUGAUAGGAACAGCUGAAGAACCCCCAGUAGAGGAAAUAAUAACAGAACCUAGUGUUCCAGAACAACCAGAAGAGGAAAAAGUAGCGGAGGAUGAACUUAAGUUGCUGGAAGAAGCAAGGAGAAAGGCUGCAGAAAUUUUGAGGUUCGUUUUCCAGUUUCAUAACACCAUCUACAGGUUAAAACGAUUGCAACGUAUGCAAUCUAUAGAAAGCGUAUAA